GCCGUCACCGCCGCCGCCGCCGCCGCCGUCGUCGCUGCCGUCGCCGCCGCCGUCGUCGCUGCCGUCGUCGCUGCCGUCGUCGCUGCCGUCGCCGUCGCCGUCGCCGCCGUCGCCGUCGCCGCCGUCCCCGCCGUCGCCUUUCUUAAAACUCCUGAAUCCCUUGGUUGUCACCUAAAGCAGCUUCUUAUGGAAGCUGAAAGAAAAGUGUAAGAAUUAGGUGGUGGCCUUCUGUCUAUUGAAGAUACAUCUUGUAACAAUAAUAAUAAUAACAACAAUACUAGAGCAUCAUUUAGUAUUAUCAGCAGUCAUGAUGCUUCUGCAACAAUGACUGGCUGCGGAGGUGGAGCGGAAGCUGCCGUUGACAAGCAGCUACUGCUCUGGGGGAGAUGAGCUAAAGGAAUAAAGAAAAUGUUAUUAGGUUUUAAUUAAGCAAGUACGUGAGCCUGCAUUGUAUGAAAUGAAAAUAUAGUGCACAAGGAAAGUCU